GUCAAGCAUGAACUAAAAAUUAUCGUUGAUGGUGUCUGCUAAAGAACAAAUAGCAUGCGAAGAUCACCUGUUAGACCCUUUUGUUGAGAAUUUCGUACUGGAAAUCAAAGUCCACUUCGGUGAUGGCGUAAGUAGGGGUGGAAGACAAACAUUGGAGUGGAGAGCGUCAAUUGCUAAACAUUUCAUUGAAGAGUGGGAAUGGCAGUUGUCAAUUUUGCCGCGUCUUCUUUCGUUAUCUGAACGCCAGCGGCAGUGGAAGGAGGCAUUAACUGUAUUACGUCCCGCACCAUCUAAGCUACUUAACCUUUGCAUGCAAAGAGCAAAGUAUGACAGUGGGGAAGGAGUGCAUCGAUUUUCAUUGUCUGCAGAAGAUAAAGCUGAGGCCCAGCCAAAAGGAAGAUCUGGAAUUACCAUUAUUUGACUUGGCCGCUGUUGUUUGUGCAACCAAUAACUUUUCAAACAACAAUAAACUUGGAGAAGGUGAUUUCAGAUAAGCCUUUUAAGGUAAAAUCAAAUAUAGUCCUCCCUACAGUUAGCUUGGCAGUUUCCACAUGUCAUUUGGGUCAGGACUACGGAUACAAGUCUUAUAUUGUACGUUUGCAAACUACAGAGUUUGGAUUUUGGUCAUCAUAUGUGGCUAAUGGAUUUCAGGGUACAUUGAAAGAUGGACAAGACAUGGCUGUGAAAAGGCUCUCAAAACAUUCUAGACAAAGACAAAGGUGGUUCUGGGUUGUUGUUCUGUUGUGUUUUAUGAUUGUGAUAUUGUUCAUCAAUAUGGAUGAUUUGGUAGUGUAGAAAUGGCAGGAAAUGGGCAUAAUGUUGUAUAUACUCUUGAACAGCUUUUGAUGGCAUGGGCAUAGUGUAGAUAUGGAUAAGAAUUGGUAGUAUAGAAAUGGUCAGGAAUUGGUAGUCUAGAAAUGGGCAAAAACCUGGGCAUAAGGUUAUUUUGUGCCUCUUUGGCAGUGUAUCAGAUGUUUUGCUAUAUAAGUUGAUU